UAACGUGACAAUUAUUUUUGACUCAACUAAUCACUGUCACGAGUACAGAAUGCAGGUGUGGGUGUUUUUUUCUUCUUCAUAUUUCAAAGCGAAAUGCAGUGAGUGCAAGAUAUCAGGUGGUAUUGUCAGUAAUGUGUAUGGUAAAAAAAAAAAGAAGAGAGAAAAUAUUAAUUUUAACGACACACUUAACGUGUUGUCUGCAGUUAUACGACAUCAAACAUAUGGUUAAGGACUACACAGAUAAUGAGAGAUGAAACCCACUACCGCCACUCCAUGGGCUGCUCUUUUCAUUUAGCAGCAAGAGAUCUUUUAUAUGCCACAAAGAGGAUAGUACACACCACAGCCUUUGUUGUUGUACCAUCAGUUGUGGUCAACUGACUGGAACGAGAAAUAGCCUAAUUGGUCACCGACGGGGAUAGACCCUAGACCGAUCGUGCAUCACUCUGCAGGUUAAAAUCGUAUGAUGAAGUCCAAACUGCUCAAAGUUGUUCUUCUGGGCGAUUCAGCAGUCGGCAAAAGUUCUCUAAUAAAUCGAUUCGCUCACAACACGUUCUCUGCGCAGUUGCCUUACACAGUAGGAGUGGAGUUUCUGAACAAAGAUGUAGAGAUUUCCGAAGACCAUUACACGAUGCAGAUUUGGGACACGGCAGGCCAGGAGAGAUUCAAAAGCUUGAGGACGCCAUUCUAUCGCGGAGCAGACUGCUGUCUCCUAACGUACGCAGUGAACGAUCUUCGCAGUUUUAAGUGUCUUUCCAUGUGGAAAAAAGAAUUUUUGUAUCAUGCCGAUAUACAGAAAGAAAGCAUGUUUCCGUUUGUUCUCAUUGGAAAUAAAAUUGACGUUGAGAAACGCAUCGUCUGCGAGGAGGCUGCCAAAAGCUGGUGUGCGGCAAAUGGAAACAUGCCGUAUUUCGAAACAAGUGCCAAAGAUUCUCUAAAUGUUGAUCGGGCGUUCAAGGCCGUUGUGCAACGAUGGCUGGAGUUAGAAGACCAACUUGAUAUACAGCCGUUCCGUGGUAAUACUCUUAACCUCUGGGAACAAUCCAAAUCAAGUUCAAGUUGUUGUGCGUAAUGGCUUGGCUUGUUAACAUUAAAUUUUAUUUACAAUAAUAAAAAACUAAAACAUAAUACAUGUGUACAAUAUUGGUAUACAUUCAAGAUAAGUUAACAGCAACUAAUAAUGUUGUUUGAAACGGGGUUUUUUUUAAUUAAAAAAAUUAACAAUUUUCUUUUUCAUUUUCAGAAGCAGCCUACACACAUUUGUAUUUCUGAAAAUAUGUCAUCCUUUUCAGAUUUGUGGACAUACAUACACACAGACAGACAAACUGUAUAAUAUAUACCUUUGAUCUGUCAUCAUCAUCAUCAUCAUCAUUUACAUGUAAAAUAACAGAAUAAUCACCAACAUUCCCAAAUUUGCCUCAUGUAAUUCGUUAGAUAUAGCAACAGGUUUGACUUCUCCAAGUCAAAGAAGAAAAGCAAAAAACUUAUUCAUUGUUUAAAAUAAUACCGGUAAAAAGAAUGGCUCCUAAUUUCUUAACUGAUUGGAUUCCACAAAGUGUAGAAUAAAGAGUUAAUACUAAAAAAAAAUGUGGGUGAAAAACAUAUCAACCCCGUUUUCGAAAACAAGCUUAUUAAAAUCUUCAUUUAAACUCUGAGUAACACCAACUGUAGAUCUUACGUUUGGUGUGGGAAACGAAGAGAAAAUAUAUUACCCUCAAGAUUACAGCAUGGGUGUAGCACCUUAAAUACAACUCCUUACAGAUGUGAGCCAACUACCAGUCAUGCGUGUAACUGUGGAUAUUAUACAGUAAACAGUAUUCACAAUUUCUUUCAAUGUAAAAAAAUAUGAUCAACAGAGGAAGGUUCUUUGUAACUCGUUACAUGUAGAACCAAUAAAUUUAUAACUGCUAAAUAAUAAAAUAAUUUUGUGGUGUCCAAAAAUUUAUAAAACAAACACAUUAUUUUCAUAAAAAAAAAAAAAAAAAAAAAUGUUUAAUUGUUUUACUACAUAUGUAGUAUGUACUAUAUUUGCUUCUUUUUAAGUAUCUCUGGUUUCUUUUAGUCCUGUUGUAUAUAAUACCCUCUAUUCCUCAAUUUGAUUGUUAUCCAUAUAAAUUUGUAUAUAAAUUUUGUAUGUACAUAUAUGUUUAAAUUACUAUUAUAAUUAUGUAAUUGUCACCAUUAUAUUGUAUGUAUAUAUGAGAGGGCCUAGUAAGUUGGCAAUCCUUUUGUUAUUUAUGCAAUAAAAUAUGUUUUCAAUAGAAUUAUUCACAUUAAUUUCUCUCAUACACCAUUCUUCAAUAUCCUUUGGCUGUACUUGCUAAUCCAAAUCACAUUAACAUUAUUCUCAAACACUCAAACGUGAGGCACUAAUGUUUUGUGUUACAAAGUAUUCCAAACAUGGAGACAAACCUGCAUUAGUGAUGAUAACUGUUAAUAAAUAUGACAUGAGUUUAUUAAAUCUG